AUGCAGCUAAUCACAUUAUGGCUAGCCAUGACCUGGCUCUCCAGUCUGGCGCUCGCUAAGAGAUCCCUGGUUGCUACGUCGCUGGUCACGUGUAUGGAGAGUUCGCAACUAUCAGCUAGUAGUUUCAACAUCACAUUCAAUCCUGACGACAGAUCGCUGCAUUAUGAGUUGGAUAUGGUUACUCAGAUUGAUGGGUACGUUUUUGCUCAAGUUGAUGUGUAUGCGUAUGGUUUUAAAAUCAUUACGAAGAACUUGGACUUGUGUUCUUUGAAGUGGAAACAAUUCUGCCCGAUUAAUCCCGGAAACGUUCAGAUUGACUCUAUCGAAUAUAUUUCAGACGAAUACGUCAAGGAUAUCCCUGGGAUUGCGUAUCAGGUGCCGGACAUCGAUGCCUACGCUAAGAUCAAGAUUUACAAUAACGAAAGUGAAUACUUGGCCUGUGUGCAGGCCUUUUUCUCAAAUGGUAAGACAGUUUCUCAAGUGGGUGUCAAGUGGGCUACUGCAGUUAUCGCAGGUAUUGGUUUGUUGAUGUCUGCGCUUCUAUCUUCUUUCGGUAACUCCACUGCCGCCUCGCACAUCUCGGCCAACACUAUGUCAUUGUUCUUGUAUUUUCAAUCUGUGGUUGUUGUUGCCAUGCAACAUGUUCACCGAGUGCCUCCUAUUGCUGCAGCUUGGUCUGAGAAUUUGGUUUGGUCGAUGGGGCUAAUCCGUAUAAGUUUUAUGCAGAGGAUAUUCCGUUGGUAUGUGCAAUCGACCGGUGGUAGCCCGUCUCUGUACUUGACCUCUACCACCAUAUCAAUUCUGACUCAAAGAAGUUUGGACUAUCUGAGAUCUUUUGAACUUUUCAAGAGAGCAACUAAUGUUCUUUAUGGUAACUCCAACGUUCUAAUUUUUAGAGGUAUCAGGAGACUAGCUUACAGAGUGCGCAUCGAGAAUACUUCUGUUGUGCCAACUGGUUUUACAUUUUUCGUGCUCUGCGGGUACGUACUAGCAGGGUUUAUUAUGGUUUGCAAAUACAUUAUGGAGCUCUCAAUUCGAUUAGGCUGGAUGAAGAGCGACAGAUUUGCUGAAUUUAGAGAAAAUUGGAAAAUGGUUUUGAAAGGCUCCCUGUUGAGAUACAUUUAUAUCGGUUUCACCCAAUUGACCAUCCUAAGUUUCUGGGAAUUCACAGAGAGGGACUCGCCAGCUGUGAUUGUCAUUGCUUGUUUAUUCAUCAUUCUUUCCAUCGGUCUGAUGUUGUGGGCAGCCUACAGGACGAUUUUUUUCGCCAGAAGAUCUAUCGAACAGCAUAACAAUCCAGCUGCCUUACUCUAUGGUGACAGCUACGUCCUAUCCAAGUAUGGUUUCUUCUACACAAUGUUCAACGCAAACCACUACUGGUGGAAUAUCGUCAUUUUGAGUUAUAUUUUUCUGAAGGCUUUGUUUAUCGGAUUCGCUCAAGGCUCUGGUAAAGCGCAAUCGCUAGCUAUCUUCAUUUUUGAUCUCGCUUACUUUGUCGCUAUCAUUUACUUCCAGCCAUACCUAGACCGCCCAACGAACAUCAUGAAUAUUUUCAUCAGUACCGUGACAUUGGUUAACUCUUUCCUGUUUAUGUUCUUCUCCGAUUUGUUCGGCCAAAGUUACACGGUUUCAGCUAUCAUGGGAUGGAUCUUCUUCAUUAUGAAUGCAGCUUUCUCUCUAAUACUGUUGCUAAUGAUCUUAGCUUUUACAGCCAUGAUAAUAUUCUCCAAGAAUCCCGAUUUAAGAUUUAAACCAGCGAAGGAUGACAGAACGUCAUUCCAAAGACAUCAUUUGAAGGACGGUACAGCCAUUAGCAAGAGCGUGGCUAAUGAAUUGUUGGCACUAGGUAACGUAGCAAAGGAUCAUAAUGAAAAUUGGGAAUCCGAGCUACACUAUAAGAAUGCCAUGGAUUACGAUAACACCAUGCAAAGAUCUGACACUGAUGACGAGAAAUUAGGGCGCGUGUCUUCAAACAACGAAAGCUCUAGUACUACAAAGCCAUCAUUCUCCGAAAAGAUAAUGAGGAAACUCUCAUUCAAGAAAAAUAAAAGCAAGAAUAGCAGUGGGGAAGGAUCAGGCUCACCGGAGAUCAGUAGGCUGACUCCAGAAAGUGAUUCCUUCUCAUCUACAUCUCCUGCAAAGAAAUACCCAGGUGUGACCCAUGUGAGGCAACAAUCGGAAUCUCGCAAUGGUCUGAUGAACUCUUACGAAGAGGAAGAAGGUUUUAAGUCGGGCGAACUGAAUAUUUUAGAAAGUGACCACGAAUAUGAUUCCCCUAAGCAGCCAAGUGGCAUGCCAAAUAGAGAUAUUAGUCUCGAUAGUAUGGGAAAUCAACAUCCCGUUACAGAAUCCACAGACAUCUUGAAUUCUAAAUACAUUUAA